AUGCCGUCCUUAGACAGUCUCCCAGCAGAGACUCUCCUCAUAAUAGCGCGAAUCCUUGGUGGCGCCUACCUGCGCGGCCGAGUCGACCAUAUCCUCCUCUUCAGAUCAUGGUACAGCGUCACGCAAUCGGUCGCAUGGGAGGACGUCGCCCUCUCCCUCUCAACCCUCACAGGCUUCCUCCAGGCACCACCCGACGUGCAGUCCUUCAUCCGCAGCCGCGUCAAGCACCUCUCCAUCUCAGGCUCGUACUCCAUCCCGAACGAGCUCCACCACCUCGCAAGCAGGCAAUCCGUCUCGGACCCCGCCCACACCGAGGCGCAGAAGAGAGCCCGGUGGCGAACGCAGCAGCACGCGCGCAGUACGGAGCUAAGCAGUGCCCUGGCCGCCUUCUCGACGGGCCUAGCGCAGAUGAGGAAGCUACGGACGUUCCGGCUGGCGCUGUCCUGCGACGCGGAGACGUAUGCUUCUGUCGCGGCGGACGACACGUGGACGGCGGCGCUGAAGAGCGUGGUUGCGGCCCUGCCGCCCUCGCUGGAGAGCCUGACGAUGGACAAGCUGGGUCCGACGACGCGGUAUGCCACAGCCGGCGAGAGCGACGCACACGCUGUCUGUCAGGCGCUGCACGCUCGUAAUGCCCUGCCUGCGCUGCGCCACUUGAGGCUACGGGUCCACUGCGUCUGUCCCGAGCUGUUCGACGUCGUGCGGAUCGGCGUCCACCCGGUGCUCGAGACGGUGGUGGUGAGCCUCACGGCUGGCGAUCCAGACGUGGAUAUCGUGCAUCACGCUCGCUGCUGCACGGAUCCGCAGCGGCAGAGUCAGUGGCUGUAUGCCGACAUGGUGGACGCUGCCCGAUGCGCGGUCUCCGCUUGCUUUCCUUCGAUUCGGACGUUGAGGAUCGUGAGGUAUGAUGUGCAGGCGCUGAAGUUCUCUUCGGACGAUAUUGUGUCGGGUGAGAUUGUUGACUUACCCGAGGGCGUGAGCUGGGAUGAUGUCGAUGGGGGUGACGAAAGGGUUGCGGCAGCGGACGAGGCGAUAGGGUCUGGUGACCAUGUAUAUCUGGGCGACGAUGUGGUUGAGGAGGAGGUGGGACAUGUCGCGGCGACAGUACAAGCGAUGGUCGGAGUUGAGCUGAUGCCGGAGAUGACGCUAACUAUCAAUAUCAACACGGCUGUAUAG